ACAGUGGUCCGUCUAAACAGCGGGGGAGGGGCAGAUCCCCCGAUACCCCCCCACAACAUGGGACCCCACCGAGCCAUCCUCGGAAUAUCCGGCCAGGCUCUCUCCGUUUGCAGCAUCCGUGAAUUCAGCAAGCUCUCCGGGUCAUAGUUUUGCCUCCAGAUUCCGGCCGGAGGGCUGUACUUCAACCUCCGGAUGGGUCGUUGUCAGGGACCGCGCAGCUCCCGAGUGGGGAGUUGCACGUCACGUCUCAGGCCACGAUCACUUGAUUGUUUGUCUGGUUCAAUCCUUCCAUCUCAUCUUCGAUUUCAUCUCACAGUCUUCGGGUCAAGCAGCCUAAGUCAGCAUCACCAUGGCCUCAGACGACCAACACAGCGGCGCUGCCUACCGCCAGCACCUCCCUGAUCUCAGCAUUCCCCGCUUCACCACCAUGCAGAAGCAGGACGCUCAUGAGUACGCAAAGGCAUUCAAGGAGAGCGGCGUCCCGCCAUGGCUGCACGGCCUGUAUCUGCACUGGCGCCAGCUGUUCCAGGAGCCCUUCAAGGGUAUCACCAACGAUGGUCGCGUCCGCCCAGACCUAUUUCGCCUCCGAGACGACGGUAUGCCCAUCACAGCCAUCGUCUCCGCGGCCAACGCCCUCCUCUCCCGGCUCACCCGGGCCCAGCUCUCCCUCGUAAGCCACCACAUCGACUCGCCCGAGUGGCGCUCCUGGUCCAACCCGGAGUUCCUCCUCUCCGACAAGGGCAUUCGCCUCGACGAGGUGAACCCGGCCACCCGCGCCGCCGCCCUCGCCUUGCUCGAAGCGACCCUCUCGCCCGAGGGUUACGCCAAAGCCCUUGCCGCGAUGCGCAUAAACGGCUUCCUGGGCGACCUGGUCAACUCGCCGCGCGUCAUGAACGAGUUCUCGUACAACCUGGUCCUCUUCGGCGCUCCCUCCGAGACGUUCCCCUGGGGCUUCUCCUUCUACGGCCAUCACCUCUGCCUCAACGUUUUCCUGUACAAGGCCCAGGCCGUCAUCUCCCCUUGGUUCACGGGCGCCGAGCCAAACCUGAUCGACUCGGGCCCUUACCGGGGCACGCGCAUCCUGCAGGAGGAGGAGACGCUCGGCUUGCGGCUGAUGCAGAGCCUGGACGCCGAGAAACAGCGCCGCGCGCAAGUGUACAAGUUGCUCCGGGACCCGGCCAUGCCUGAGGGCCGGUGGAACCACGACGACCAGCGGCAUCUGUGCGGCGCCUACCGCGACAACCGCGUCGUGCCGUACGAGGGGGUGCUGGUGUCCGAGAUGGAAUCGCCGCAAAAGGAGCUGGUGAGGGCAAUCCUGCGCGAGUACCUGCUGUACCUGCCGGCGCGGGCGAGGGAGGCGCGGAUGGGCGAGAUUGAGGAGUGGUUUCACGAGACGUACUUUUGCUGGAUCGGCGGGUUCGGGGACGACGACGCCUUUUAUUACCGCCUCCAGAGCCCCGUCAUCAUUGUCGAGUUUGACCACCACUCGGGCGUCUUCUUGACCAACAAGGAGCCGGCCAAGUUCCAUAUCCACACGCUGCUGCGGACGCCUAACGGCGGCGAUUAUGGCAUGGCCCUGAGGUCCUUGAUUCCGGGCAUGGAGCAGGGUUUUCUCUGGGAGGGGGAGAGGGAAUGACGAGUUAAUAAAACGAGGGGCUGUGGAAAUACCUGGGUGAUCGAAGCAAAUAUUGAAUUUGAGAUGCAACAGAUCCCGGACUCACUUCCUGGUGGUAUAUGCUAUUUGCCUGCCAAACCAAACCCCCGCUGAACUUCCGAUUCCUCUUCCGUCAUUUCAAAAAGCCACAUUGGCCCUAAGACAACGAUCUUGCAACCUGUUUAGUCUUUCCUCGUCCCCCCCAAAACCUCCAACUGGCGACCGAACCGCCUGGCGCCCCCCUU